AUGGCUUCCGACUCAGCUGUGCCGGAGCAUGGCCAGGAACCUGCCAAAUCCGGUGUGGAGCCGGAUGUGGCAGCGGUUCGCGACGGGGGGCCUGAACCUGCUGCUCGCGUCGAGUACGACGUGGAGAGGGUCGAGCAGGUCUACAGAAAGCUCGAUCUCCGCAUCAUCCCACCUUUCUGGAUCUUGUACUUCCUCUGCUCCGCUAUCCGCUCCAACAUCGGACUCGCCCAGACUAUGAACGCGGAUGUCGGACACGACCUGAUCACCAUGCUCAACCUCUCGUCUAACGACGUGUCCACCGCCCUGGCCCUCUUCUACGUCUCCUACGUCAUCUUCGACUGCCCUUCCAACCUCGUCAUGAGCAAGCUCAGUCCCCGCGUCUGGAUGGCCCGAAUCGUCUUCGCCGUCGGCGUCAUAGGAGCCUGCUUCGCCGCCGUACAGGCCGCCUGGAGCUUGAAGCUGUUGCGCUUCCUGCUUGGUGUGGUCAUUGCUGGCAUGUGGCCGGGUAUGUCCUACUAUCUGACCCUGUUCUACCCGCCCUCCCGGACGGGCAAGCGAAUCGGACAGUAUUUCACCGCCGCGCAGGUCUCCGCCGCCGUAGUCGGGCUGGUGUCUGCGGGAUUUCAGCUGAUGGAUGGCGUGGGCGGACUCGUGGGCUUCCAGUGGAUGUUUCUCAUCUAUGGCCUACUUGCUGUCGUGCUCGGCUGGACUCUGUUGUGGUGGUUACCAGAUCGUCCGCUACCGCCAGGGCAGACGAGGCCUCAGUCCGGCUUUGCGAGGUGGCUCCCUCCGACCCCCGAGGCUCUAGAGGGCGAGGAUGCCCUGAUUCAUUACCAAGACCUCAAGCGAGUCUACCACCCAAGGUCCUGGACUGUCAAGGAUUUGGGAUAUGUCCUCGUCGACUGGAGGCUGUGGCCGUUAACCCUGAUGUACUUUGGCGUUGUCGGGGUCGGGAUUGGCACCCAGCUCUACGGUACGGUGAUCAUCCGCGGCAUCAAUCCGUCUUUUACGGGGGUGCAACUCAGCCUGCUAUUUGCGCCCAUCUGGAUUAUGGAUUUGAUCGCCAUCUUACUCGUUACUCCGAUUUCGGACCGGUUUCAUCGUCUCCGCCCCCUGUUCUUCUCGUGCGCUGUAUGCAUCCAGAUUGCUGGGCUUCUUACCGUUACCUUUGCCCCUAUCUGGAACCCGUGGGCGAGGUACGGAGGGCUCCUGAUGGUUGGCUUCGGUCUCGGGCCCACGGUACCUAUUUGCAUGACUUGGACCAACGAGAUAUUCCAGCAGCGUCACGGAGAGGUGGGCGUUGCUGCCGCGUCCGCCCUCGUCUCCGGAUUGGGUAACCUUGGGAGUAUCACGACGACUUACGCAUUGUAUACGGGAUGGCCAGCGGAUGCCGCUCGUGGCCCCCACCAGUACCGUCGAAGCAACCUGACGAUGAUCGGCAUUCUAUGCAUGAGCAUUCUCAGUAGCGUCGUCAUGUUUGUUGCACUCAAGAUCGCCGGCAACAAACCAAGUCACAAGAUCGACAGCAGCGAGAGUUCGACUCUCGACGGAACGGAUAGCUUCCAAGACGGCGCCGCCCGCCGCGAGCUAGAGCAACGUGGCUUCGGUCGCAUGUGGUGGAACCGACGGACAUAA